CUUCAUUUUUUGUCUGCGCUCGCCGUGUUUACAACAACCCAUUUCUCGGGAAUUUCACAAGCAAAACAGCCAUAUUUGCCUGCAGCAGUAUCAGCAACAUCAAAAAUCGCGAUAUUUUCGACGCAAUUUUUCGGUUUUUUUUGUGUUAUUUCGAUAAAUUGAUUGUACGACCUUCGUAACAGCGAGUGAUAAUAUUAAAUUGGAAUGUAAAAAGUGAUUGUUAAGUGUGGCCUUCCUAACAAGUUGGAGGUAGUGAAAAAUUUGUGAUAUCCCGUUGGGUAAGCGAAAAUCGAAUUUGACGUCAGAUUUCCAGUCUACCUGCGCUAGAGAUAAAAAAAUAUAUCCCGUUAGUGUAGCAAAAACAAAAUGAAUUCGUUUUUGCGGGGAUCCACCAACUACGUGUGGUGCACGACCAGCGUUCUUGGGAAAGGUGCCACCGGAGCAGUGUUCCAAGGAGUCAACAAGCACAAUGGCGAACCUGUGGCCGUGAAAACUUUCAACCAGCUGAGCCAUAUGAGACCUCACGACGUUCAGAUGCGAGAGUUUGAGGUACUUCGCAAGGUCAAGCAUAAUAAUAUCGUCAAGCUGUUGGACAUCGAAGAUGAUCAAGAGGGUCGUGGAAAGGUGAUUGUGAUGGAGUUGUGCACCGGAGGAAGUCUGUUCAAUAUUUUGGAUGAUCCGGAGAAUACCUACGGGUUGCCACAAAAGGAGUUUUUGUUGGUGCUGGAGCAUCUUUCUGCUGGAAUGAAACACUUGCGGGAUAACAAUCUGGUCCACAGAGAUUUGAAGCCAGGAAAUAUCAUGAAAUACAUCUCCGAGGAUGGACAAACCAUCUACAAAUUGACUGAUUUCGGAGCGGCACGAGAACUGGAGGAGAACCAACAGUUCGUUUCCCUGUAUGGAACAGAGGAAUAUCUCCACCCGGAUAUGUACGAACGUGCUGUUCUGCGGAGAUCAAUCAACCGCAGCUUCACAGCAAACGUGGACCUGUGGUCCAUUGGAGUUACCUUGUACCAUGUGGCCACCGGGAACCUUCCCUUCCGUCCCUACGGGGGACGUAAGAAUAAGGAGACCAUGCACCACAUUACGACGAAAAAAGCCCCGGGCGUCAUUGCCGGAACGCAAACCAGCGAGAACGGACCAAUCGAGUGGGCUCGCGAUCUUCCGCCCCAUUGCCAACUGAAAGCGGGUUUGAAGGCUCUCGUCACGCCUCUGUUGGCCGGUCUGCUGGAGGAAAAUCACAAGCGCAUGUGGUCGUUCGAUCGGUUCUUCUACGUGGUGCAGCACAUUCUGAGCAAGAAGGUGCUGCACGUUUUCUACACCAACCAGGCCACCUCGAUCGAGGUGUACAUGGACCCGGAUGAGAGCUUUUUCAAUCUGAAGGAGCACAUCCUGGAGCAGACUAAGGUUCCCCACAACGCGCAGCUGUUGCUCCUGGAGGCGGAAGAGUUUGAGCUGAGAGUGGGUGUUAACAGCAGCGCUCGCGGUUAUCCGACUACAACUACGGACAAUCCGGUGAUGUUGUUCAACAUCGAGAACAACAACGUUACGCUUCCCGGCGAGCUGGAUCUGCCCAAGUUCCCCUCGUUCCCGAGCGGUGUAUCGGUGGAGAACGAUGCCAGCCUGGCCAAGGUAGCGUGUAGCGUGGGGCACGAGUGCAAACGCCGAGUGGAGAAUUUCUCCCUGCUGGACACCCAGAUGAACAAGGCUGUGGAACAGUUUGCCGGACUGCUGAAGAACCAGCUGAUAAAGCUGUGCGAACGCGUGAAACACCAGGAAGACGUUGGUAGCUCAAUUUGGGAAAUUUCUGAUCUGGUUGAAAUUGCAGUUUCCAAUAACGAAACAUACCAGGAUAAAGCGUCCACUAUCCAUACCGAGAUGAGUUCCUUGAAGGCAACAUUCCAACGGGUGUCGGAUCCCGUCCAGCAACUGCAUAACCGCUUCGUCGUGGAAGAAUCGCUGAUCCGCGAGUGGAUUACUGCCUAUCGUGAUCUCCGAAGCCCCAACAAGAAUCGCGUUAACGAAAAGGCCAAAUAUCUAGUCGACCGGCUGCGAGAUUCCUGGCAGCACCUUCUACGUGAUCGCGCCACUCGAUCACUCACCCACAACGAUGAACAAUUUCAUGCACUGGAAAAAAUCAAAAUCACCGAAACGGGAAAGCGAGUCAAAACGCUGCUAAACGACGACGUGCGUCCGGCUGUGGAACUGGAAGCCGAAUGCUUGGCCGACUGGUACAAAAAGGCUCAAACGAUCUUCCUGCAGACGCAGUUCCUACUCAAAGAUGUCAGCUCUCACGAGGAAACCUUGUACAAUAUCCGGAUGCGGUUGGUCCAGAUCAAAGAGGACCUGAAGGAGGAUAUCAAAAACGACGGCGAGGUAUCUAAGAUUGCAAACGAGAGGACCGUCAACGAGCAAAACAUCGAGUGCAUGAAGAAAUCCAAAGAGAUGAUGUGCUAUUUGAGGACCAUGUGGAACUACAAUCGGGACAUCAAAAAGGUUCUAGUGCAAAACAGUGAGCUGGUUGAAAAAAUACACAAACUUGCCAUUAACGAUGAGCAGCCUAAAGAGGAGGUUAUUUCCAACUGAGUGUUUAUUAAUCCACGAUGAUUUGGCCUGUGGCCUACUGACUUGUUAGAUGUAUUAUUUUUCAACCCAGACGGGUUGCAUCCUAUUUUACUUUUGAACUAUGUACUUUUCGUGCAAAUGUGCUUAUAUUCAAUGUUCUGAUUCACUCUAUAUACAAUGUAUUAUAUAAAGUACCUUUAUUUUUCAA